AUGGGUUGUGGCUCUUCAAUCCACAAAGGGGAUGAAGCAGGUGCUCCUCAGGCUGUGGCAGAGGCAGAGGAGGCGGUCCUAACCCGCCUGCGGGAAGAUAACGCUGAGCUAAGGCGCCAGAAUGCGCAAUUAUCAUCUCAAGUCCAGGAGCUUUCGCAGCGAGUUACGACGUUGUCUAUGGACGUUAGUGGUCUUCGCAUGGAACUGUCGCAGGCCGCGGCUACAGCAUCAAAAGCGCUUCAGGCCGCCCAGGUCGCGACCGAGCGUGCUGAGGGCGCCGCGCUGACGGCCCAGGCUGCGAGCAAUGCGCGGCCUCCGACGGCUAACGGCCCCAUCGCAAUCCCAUCUGCGGAAUCUCAGCUGCUACAGCGGGUCCAGCAGAUCGAAUCGCAGCUGGCAACCUUGCAGGACAAAUUAGAGACGCAACGGGCUAAGGAGGAGUUUGCACGCCAGCUUCGUGCGGCGCAGGGCGACCGACCACCCAUACCGGCGCCACUGCAGCAGCAGCCUUCCUCAUCCUCGACAGCGUCCGCUACCGGGGCCGGCGGCCCUCUCAGCGCCGCUGCCCGGGGCCCCACAGGUAACGACUUCGGAAGCGUGAGCGGCAGCUUCGGCAGCAGCGGUGCGGUGGCAGCGGCAGGCACCGCCGUGUCGGCGGUAGCGGCAUCACACCCGGUAUCCUCAAGUGGCGUUGCGCCAGCGCCGCCAGCAGCUGCGGCCGCGGCCCAGAUCAUCGAUGGGGCUGGUCUGCUGCCCGCCAGCAACAACUUCCCAACUCGGUUCGGCGGUGGGGCCCUGCGUGCGGCGCGAGAACGGACGCCCGGCCGCGGGUGCGCGCCAAGCGGCGGCGGGGGCUUUGGAGGCGAUGAUUUUUCGCCACAUGGUUAUGGCGGCACGACGUCCACGACGGCGAGCAAUGGGCCCCCGCCAGCCGGCGAGUUCAUGUCCACCGUACGGUAUGGCAGCGUCUUGCCUAGCGACUUGAAGCUGGCUGAGCAGCGCAAGCAGGGCCCCAGGCAGUUCCUCUAG